AUGGCAACAGCACUGGUCCAAUCCGCGCGACUGAAACCCGAGAUUCGGCUGGGCCAGGCUAUCUCGCAGUUCCAAGCCGAUCUCUCGUCAGCUGACAAGGCUACCUUUCGCUCCCACCAGACAACUACGAUGAAAAAACCUCCUAGCAUUAGCGACGUUAUGCAAGUCACGGCUGAGAUUAAUCAACGCGGUGUGCGAUGCUUUGGUACGCGAGUCACCACCUUUCUGCAGGCUGUCCAGAACUUCGCAGCAUUAGGCGAUACAGUCAUUGGCGGUACACAGAACCUACUCGCAUGUGGGGUAUGGUCUCUCGUUCGGAUGACUCUCUUGGCCAUGGUCAACUACAAUGCUUACUUUGAGCGGCUCACUUCGAUGCUUAUGAAGAUUGGCCGGUCUGCGCCACGUUACGAAUCCUUGGCGUUGAUAUACCCAAACUCGAAGACUCUUCAAUCGUCCAUGAUGGAGUAUUUCAUCGUGGUAGUACAACUAUGUCAUCACACGCUGCGGCUCAGUCAAAAGCCGGCCUUUAAGCAAUGGACCUCCACCUUGAAUGAUUCGACGAUGGACGGGUUCCAGUCAGAACUCGAGCUUUGGGCCACGUCCAUAAAGGAGGAGGUUACAACCCUCAUGGCAAAGGAACUUGCGCUGGAGAGCCAGGACAGGACAUGGUUCAAGUCGCAAAUAGUUCGACACUUUGACUCCAAGUCACAGGUGAAGGAGCUGAGGGCCAAACAACGGAUUCUGGACGCGUGCUCGACAUACGACUACGAAAGUGCCUGGAGAGCGAUACGAAAGUUUGGGAACGUCAGCCUUCUCACAGGGUCGACCUAUACAACGUGGAAAGGUCAUGACCGGGGUUGCACUUUACUGUGUACCGGAAAGCUGGGUUCGGGCAAAUCUGUGGUCCUCGCGAAUAUCAUUGAUGACUUGAACUUACCUGGCAACACGACACCGGUUGCAUAUUUUUUCUGUCAACAUGAUGCGGAAGAAAGUCUGACGGCGCGGGCGGUUAUCGGCUCUCUAGCACGGCAGUUAUUGCAUCCUCUCAUUGACGACCUCGACCGAGCCAGCGGACAGGUACCACAAAACGGUCGUAUGACUGUCGACAACCUUAUCAGCCUGCUCAAGGAUACGCUGCAGCAGGGCUACCAUGCGUUCUUCAUUCUCGAUGGUCUGGGACACUGCGAUCCGGGGGAACGAGAUGCUAUUAUACAUAGCUUGCACGUGCUCCAAGAAACGAUAUCGCUCUCAGUGUGUAUCUCUGGUCGCUUGGAGACCUCGGAAAUCCUGAAGGAUGUUUCGGACAAAUUGUGCAAUGUCACUUCAUUGCCCAUGCCCGUGGAGAAUCCAGAUAUACAUGAGUUUGUCAAUGCUGAGCUCCAACGGUGCCUCGAGUCCAGGAAGCUCGUAAUUGGGGACCCUCUACUCAUUCUUGAAAUACAACAGGGGCUCACUAGCAAGGCUCAAGGCAUGUUUUUGUGGGUAGCGCUCCAGAUAAAGGCUUUAUGCCUGGAACGGACAGAUGCAGAUAUUCGGCACGCACUCGAUAACCUCCCAUCGAGUCUAUCAGAAAUAUACAACCUAAUUCUGAUUAAGGCCGGAGUCACAAAUAUGAAUCAUCAGAGGAGGAUAUUGGAGUUGGUUGUGGCCGCCUGCCGUCCACUAACAAUGGAGGAAAUGCGUGAAGCUCUCAGCGUUGUCCCUGGGAGCCCUGUUUGGGACCCACGAGCCCUUCCAAAUGAUGUAUACUCCACGAUGUCCUGCUGCGGGGGAGUGCUUACCGUGGACGAGGACAGCUCGAGCAUUCAGAUGGUUCAUCACAGCGUAAGAGCCUUUCUUCAAAGCGACUACCGCGGCCAUGGCCGUGAGGCGUUCACUCUCGAUGGGGCAACGCAAAACAUGGCCGAGAUAGUUCUCACGUACCUUAACUACAAGGAGUUUUCGAAACAAGUCGCAUCCUUGAAGGCUCUGAAGAUACAUACCGAAUCGGUAAAGUCCUCGGUGGUUGCUGCCGUUGCAGAUUCGUUUGGCCACGGCAGAUCGCAAAAGCUCGCCUUGAAGCUCCUACAGAGGAGAAAAAUGGGGGACAUAGACGUCGGUCCUACGCUUCUCCAGUACGUCGGGCAGAACCAGGGAAAUACCGUGACUCCACUGGCAUUCCAUAGGUACGCAGAUGCGUGGUGGACGAGCCAUAUCUGGCAUCUAGACCUUGAGAACCCAUCUACGCAUGACCUUUUAGGGAGACUUUUGGACAUGGUCGAUAUCGAUAAAGUAGAUGACGAUGGGCGCACAAGUCUUUCACAUGCCGCAGAGCGAGGAAGGACGGCCAUGGUGGACAUCCUCCUAACGCACGGGGCCUCGCAUACUCCGGAUAGUCGGCUGAUGACCCCACUCCAUUGGGCAAUCGAGGCAGACAACGUGCGUGUCGCUGAUUCUUUGCUCGGGUCAGCAACGGUCCAGGCAAACCUGGCUAAUAUCAGUGGACAAACACCGCUGAUGUUAGCAGUGAGUCUUUCGCGACUUCAAACGGCCGGGACGCUGAUCAAGUGUCCUCUGGUAGAUGUGAACUGUCGAGACUCCAACGGCGAUACUAUGUUGAUGUCUGCGAUAGCCAGAGGAUGCGAUUACGUCGUUGACCUGCUCCUAUCAACCAACAGAACGGAUUUGAAGGCUGUUACCUUCCAAAGGAAUACAGCGUUACACAUCGCUGCAAAACAUGGUUUAAAGACACGGCAAAUUGAUGGUAUUAUAGAUAUGUUGGGCAAUAGUCCUGUGAUCGCGAUGAAUGAGGAUGACCAAACACCAAUCUGGAUAGCGUCCUUCCAUGGCCGCAGACAAAUGGUCGAGUGCUUCAUACGGCGGACCGAGGCCAGAAUCGAUCUAUUGGAUUCUGAUGGCUACAGCCCAGUGUGGAUAGCCGCCCAAAGAGGCCACGACCAGGUUGUCGACGUUCUAACAAGCAUUUGGUCUUGGAGAGUCAGGGAUGAGAAGGACAUAUCAGAGACGCAAGCGAUGAUUACCUAUACAUCAAACAAAGUCAACAGAUCUUCGGAGUCACCGUUGUGGAUAGCCGCCUCUAAAGGCCACGAGAAGGUUGUCGAGGUACUGGUCAAAGUUCCAGGAAUCAACCCCAAUCUAGCAAACAACGACAAAGCCACCCCGCUAUGGGUCGCCGCGGCCAAAGGCCACGAGAAGGUUGUCAAGGUAUUGGUCGAUGUUCCAGGAAUCAAUCUUAAUAAACCAAACAAACAAGGCAACACCCCGCUAUUGAUCGCCGCUGCCAGAGGCCACAAUGAAGUUAUCAAGUUAUUGGUCGAUGUCCCAGGAAUUGACCUCAAUCAUCCAAACAAAAGAGGCUACACCCCGCUAUGGAUCGCCGCUGCCAAGAACCACGUCGGCGUUGUGAACAUACUUAUCAGCUGCCCAGCCGUGGUUCUCCAGUCAAACCACAAGGACAAGUUGGGAGUGACUCCGCUUGCAGCGGCAGUGGAGAUGGGUAAUACCGAAGUUGUGGACAUACUUACAGCUGCCCAGCCGUGGUUCUCCAGUUAA